AACACUCAGCCGACCAUUUAUGUUUUGAGUGUAUACUUUAAGGACGAGAUUAGACAAACCUAAAAGCAUUUAGGUAAAAUAAAAAAAGUCCUACGUGGCAGCUUUCACUGCCAUCUCACAUAUAUGUCGUCGUUUUUGGCUUACUUCAUCCAGAAUCUUCCGAAGUCCCCCAACAACCAAGCGUGGUGGAUUUGGGAGUCGUAAAAAUGCAUGCAGCCGGUGCUCCUCCGGUUACGGCGUCGCCGGCGAAGUGGCCAGUUAAUUCAGCGCCACGUGACCGCCGGAGAUAUUUGACUAAUCAAUUUCGGAGGUCAUCUUCCAGUUACAAUGGAAGUCAUCAUUACAGCAGAAGGUCACAACAGUACUGGGAUAAGUUCUACAAGCUCCACAAAAACAAGUUUUUCAAGGACCGGCACUACUUGGAGAAGGAUUGGAGAGGCUAUUUUGAUGAUGAAAUUGAAUCUUCCAAUGGGAAGGUUGUCUUAGAGGUAGGCUGUGGAGCAGGGAAUACUAUUUUUCCUCUCAUCUCUACGUUUCCAAAGCUCUAUGUUCACGCUUGUGAUUUCUCACCUAAUGCAAUAACCCUCGUUAAGUCACAUGCAAAUUACAGUUCGGAAAAGAUGAAUGUCUUUGUGUGUGAUGCCGCAAAGGAUGAUCUCUGUGUUAAUGUCAUGCCUUUUACUGUUGAUGUUGUAACCUUGAUUUUUACAUUGUCUGCAGUUUCUCCAUGUAAGAUGGCUUCAGUUCUGAAGAACUGUAAACAAGUACUAAAGCCAAAUGGUCACAUUCUUCUACGUGAUUAUGCAGUCGGUGAUUCUGCUCAGGUGAAAUUGCAUGAUAGAAACCAGAUGAUUAGUGAGAAUUUUUAUUUCCGAGGAGACGGAACUUGUUCGUUUUACUUUUCCGAGAGUUAUGCGUCAACCUUGUUUCAAAGUGCUGGUUUUGCAAUUGUGGAUGUUAGCACAUACUGCAAGGAAAUUACGAAUCAUUCUCGGAAUAUUACCAUGCAACGGCGAUGGAUACGUGGCAUAUUUGGUCGUUCAUGAUUGUGACUUCUCUUUCUUCUUCCAUUGUGGACUCAGAGUCGAUAGUAGACGAUGGCAUGUCAUUUUAGCUGUUGGACGAGGUUCGUGCUGAUGUUUGUAUUGUACAGCAGCCAUCAUUAUCCCCGCUAUGAAGCUGGUGACAAUAUACUUGACAAGGUUGCACCUGAAGUCAAGAUGCAGUAGUGAUGAAGGAUGUAUUUGGUACUAUGACAGUUACUUUCCGGAAAAUGUUUUCUGAUUUUUUCAUCGGACAGUGAAAAUAUUUUCCAGAAAAAAGAAGUUUUUUUUAUUUUUUGGUGAAGAGGGAUGUAGUAUUAUAAAUAUUUAAGUAGCAUUACAGGGUAAAAGUAUUGGGUCCGUAGGAUCCCUUAGUACAGCCAGAAAAAAGAAGUUAAUGAUUGAUAACAUAUUUGCAAACCAGAUACUGUGUUAGUAUGAAGAUUGGCAAUAAUUCCAAAUGUUAGGUUAGUGAUUUUCUCUGGGUGAAAAAUGUGUUUCA